AUGAGAUUUGAUGAAUGCAACGUCACUUCACUUCUUCGGGCACCGGCGCGGGGAAGAAUGGCAGUUGGCGGGCGUGCCAACAAGCGGCUGAUUGUGAAGUCCUGAUUCAAAUGCCAGGCACCGCCAAUUUCAAACCAUUGCCCGCUGAGAGUAACUUCGAAAGGAGAGAAAUCACGUCGGGGUUAGGGUUUGAUUCUUCUUUUCUUUACGGAUCAAAGGGCUCUUUGUCUCCAAGCUUGCGAGUCGAAGGAGGAAGGACCCUAGGGAUGAUUUUCUCCCUCGUCAGAAUUUCACACCCUCUCCUCCCUUUUACCACUGAGACCUAAAAGAUGGGAACUGCUGGUGAGAAUGUUAAUUGUGGCAUUGUUCAUCAUGAUAGGAUAAUCAAGGAGAAGUGUGAUAAGAUAGUGGCACUAGCGAAAGAAUUCAUUAGCUUGGAACAGAUGAAGGCUCAAUUAGAAAUGAAUAAAACAAAGGGCGAGGAAAAUAGAUGCCAGAGAGAUGAUAAGGCUAGUGCAUCUUUUGAUUCAACUGUUAUGGCAGAUUCAGACAAGAUGAAAGCACCACAAUGCUUGUAUGUUCGAAGGAACAAGUCAAGAAGACAUGCUCCUAGGUCUAGCCAUAUUCAAAAAUCUCCAUUUCAACCUUCAAGAGGGUAUGAUUUAAGGUCAAAACAUGCACAGGAAAAAUCAGAUCAGACCCUAAAGUUCUCUCCACGGUUGGAUGUUGAGGAUGUGCGAAGACACAUUACAUAUAGAUUAAAUCAAGAGGAGUCUGAAGCGUUGGAGAGGUGGAGAUGCCAUUCAUUUGGUACAACUGAGGGGGAUGCCAUAAGGUUCGAUGAUGCUUCAAUGCAAGACUCUGGUUUGUUAGCCAUGGAUAUUCAAUGCCUUGUUUACAAAGGUCAUCGGGAUUUGCAUAAAUUAUGGCUAAACAAUAAUGUUGUUCAUUGUUAUGGAGAAAUACUGAUGAAAUGGGCUCGCUGCUACCCUGAUAAGGAAUACACUGAUUUUUUUAUCUCUCCAUAUGCUGGGUUCCAUGGAUUACAGGUUGUAGCUUUGGCAAGGUUGAAUAAUAGAGAUGACCUCUGUUGGGUGAAAAAAUUGAUGAAGGGUCACCACAAUCGAUUAUUUUUACCGUGUGUGAUAAACCGCCACUAUAUAUUGGCUGUUGCUGAUUGUCUUAAGCAAACAGUGGCUGUUUAUGAUUCCCUGAAUAGUGGGAGGCACAAAAAAGAUGCAGGAAAAGUGGGAAAUUGGCUGCGGUGGAUUUGUGCCACUGUACUUGGUUAUGAGGAUUCUGACUCAUGGGAUUUUAUUUAUACAAAGGAUAUUCCCCAGCAAGUAAAUGGCCAUGAUUGUGGUGUGUUCGUGCUGACAUAUAUGGCCUCCAUUAUUAUGUGCGGGACAAUUGUACCUUUUUCUUCGAUCUAGACUCAAGAGUUAUUGCAUUUCAGGAGGAAAUUUGUGGCAUUCGGGAACGUGUGCUGGUAGAGUUAGCAAAAGGCCAAUUAGUUGGGUUUUGACUUCCAAGUGAUGGAUCGCUGGAUAAUGGCACACUUAUUUUCAAAAACGUAGGUUCUAUUUUGGGAGAAUGACAGUGGGGUCUUAAAAGAAUGAAUUAAUAACAGUUAAGUUUUUAAUAAUUUUUUUUAAAAUAUAAGUUAAAAAUAUCAAUUUAAAUUAUCAUAGACUCAGGGGUUUCAAAUGCAAAUAUGUAUUUAAGUAUUAAAUGUAACUUUUAAAUUGUAACAGAAAUUUUAGUUUGUAAUUGUUUGAAUUAAUAUUUAUAAUUUAUUUUGUAGAAAAUUUUGUUGGCGAUCAAA